AUGUAUAAAGAUCCGGGAUGCCCUACUAUUUCUUGUAUAAUAAGGGAUUUCAUGAACAAACAAGCACUUCUGGAUUUGGGAGCUAGUGUAAACCUCCUACCGUUCUCGGUUUAUGAGCAGUUGGGCUUAGGUGAAUUAAAACUCACCUCAGUCACUCUACAACUUGCAGACAGAUCCGUUAAAGUACCAAGAGGGGUAGUUGAGAAUGUGUUAAUUCAAAUCGAUAAAUUUUACUAUCCGGUGGAUUUUAUCGUUUUGGAUACUCAACCUGUAGCUAAUGCUAGUAAAGAAAUACAUGUCAUCUUAGGUCGUCCUUUCCUUGCUACUGCAAAUGCCUUAAUUAAUUGUCGAACUGGAAUAAUGAAUCUUUCAUUUGGAAAUAUGACUGUUAAGUUGAACAUAUUUGAUGCAUGUAAAGAUCCAGGUGGUAAAGAUGAUAUUCAUGAAGUUAAUAUGAUUGAAACAUGUGUGCAUGAAAAAACAUCUCAUCUAGAAGCUAAGGUUCCUUUAGAAGCUUGUCUUCCUAAUCUAUUGGAUUUUGAUGAGGAUGGAUACAUUGAAGAAGUUAAUUCUUCACUGAAUUCAUCCCUGUUGCUGGAAACGGAUAAGUGGCAGUCUAGAUGUGAGUCACACAAAAUCAGUGAGACUGAGCCGUUGUCUCUACUAGUAGAAUUCCUAAAACCUGACCUUAAUCCCCUUCAGAGUGAACUGAAUUAUAAUGUUUUAGGCCAAAAUGAAGAUGUUCAAUUUUUCAUACCAUCUGAACUUAAUGAGAAACAGAAGACAAUGCGUUCACAUGUUGUUAGGAAGCAUAUAAGUGCGCCCCAGAAUAGACAUGCUAUUAGGGAAAUAGUUGAACCAGUUCUUUGCUACAGUUCUGGUUUGCAUUUGUUUUCUGAUAAGCUCAAGUCACGAUGGAAAGACCCUUUAAAUGUUAAAAAUGAAUUUCGUGGUGGUACUGUUGACAUUCAAAAUCCUAAUGAAAACAACAUCUUCAAGGUUAAUGUGCAGCUUUUGAAGCCCUUUUUGGAACUUGUGAAUCCAGAAGUCGAUACCACGACUCUGGAGGAUCCUUUUUAUGCUUGA